UUUUGGUUUUUCAAGGCUUUGCUGAGAUGUUCGACGCCUAUUUUGCCUAUCUCGUUGCAGGAGAGAUCCAGCAAGCACUGUCCAAUAGUGGUACGAGAUUGUUUGGUGACAGACAUGACACUUGUCCGAAGGCUUCACGAUGGUCUGCGAAAGGGGACGAGAAUAUGCAAAAUGAAUAUUCCAUAAACACAAGGAUUUAAAAAUCAAAUAACCGUAAAGAGGGUAACGUCGAGCUGCCAAGAUACGCUUAUCAGAUCUCCUUCAGAAAGGACGUCUCUCAUCAUUAGCUCAUCUUGGACUGAUCUUCGUCUCUACAACGCAAAGGAAUUACAAUCAAAACAGUACCCAAAGGGCAUGAUCUGUUGAUGGGUCUCUAUAUUUACAUACCAGCUCCCCUCCAGGCCAGUGAAAGCUAGUUUGGGGACCACAAAAAAUUGAAACCAGUGAUAGAAACAAGCAUAUCAUGGCUUCUAAACCUGAGGGAAAAAGUGAUAAUUUCAGACGAACAUGGGACACAGAAGAGUACGAAAAGCUUGCUAAAGAAAGGCUUGAAAAUGAAGACGAGGGUAAAAAACCAAAAACAUCGAGCAUCCCUGUAAAACGCGAACUUUUAAAACCACGAGAACAUGAGGUCGAUUUAGACUCCACUUUAGGCAAGUCUGUGGUUAUAACAAAAAGCACACCAGCUUCUCAACAAGGCGGAUAUUUUUGCAAUGUUUGCGAUUGUAUUGUCAAGGAUUCAAUCAACUUUUUGGAUCAUAUAAAUGGGAAGAAACAUCAAAGAAAUUUGGGUAUGUCUAUGCGAGUUGAAAGAUCUAGUUUGGAUCAAGUUAAAAAGAGAUUUGAAAUGAAUAAGAGGAAAGCUGAGGAGGAGAAGAAAAAGAAAGAUUAUGAUUUUGAGGCGAGGAUUGCCGAAUUGAAAGAAGAGGAAGAGCGUCAAAGAGAGAAGAGGAAAGAGGCAAGAAAGAACAAGAAAAGAAAACUUGAAAAUGAAGGUGGUGGUGAGAUUGACCCAGAAAUGGCAACCAUGAUGGGUUUCUCGGGAUUUGGUGGGAGCAAGAAGUGAACAAGUUACAAAUGCCAAGACAAAUUGGAAAGCAUUGCAUUAUACAUUUUCAUUGUAAAGAAUUUGUAUACAUACCAUGAAGGGGUUCCAGCUAGUUACCCUUUAGUAUUUUAUUUUUACUGAAAAUGCCAUAGAGAGUUACAAGUGUGUAUGUGUAACUUAUGCAUAAAAUUCUAGCAGAAAGUGCCAGAAACAUGUUGAUGUAACUCUUUGAAUUAAACAAGAUGCCUGCUGUUUUUUGUGUAAUGUAAAACAGUUUGAUAUCUUACCUUGCACAUUAGUCUUUCUUGAUGGCCAAUGUUUUUUAGUGUAUCAUGAAACUCGAGUCUUGUUCAUUAUUGUACACAGUGAUGAAGUUAAAGUACAUUUGUAUUGUAUUCAUUUACAAUCAAUUUAAUCUUAAAGCCUCUAUAUUUCAAAAAAUGGCUUUAGUGAGUCGUAUAUCUUGAUGAUUCGGAUGAAGAAAUGAUCACAACAUUUUCUAUAAAUUAUAUUUGGGAAAGUAAAAAUAA